AUGUCUAAUGAGCCAAAAGCAUCCCCAGAAAUGUAUUUAAAAUACUGUAAUAUAUUUUUUAUCAGUUCCAUUGUCACAAUGUGGGUUCUACUUGAUGAUCUGAGACCAGUAGAAAACGAAUUCUCCAACGAGCUUCAAGGUGUUAGGCCAACAGAAAUCAAAUUUUUCAAUAACAAUGAUCGAACAACGUCUCUUGAUUGUGGAAUGACACUCAUGAAUGAUAACACAAGUAGUAAAAACCCACUAGUCAUUUGUUACCUAUUGUCAGACUUGAGUAUUGAUGUGAAAUUUAGAUAUAUACACAAAGUGGUGCACUGCCAAAUUCCACAUUCUAGUGGUUUCUUCUAUUUGUUAAAAAGAGAAGCCAUAGCGAAGUUUAAGAAUGAUUUGGCAGAAAUUGAAACGGGUGAUAUUUAUUUUGAAGAUCAGAAUAAUCAGGAAAUUGAGAGUGCAUUCCAUUUCAACACUCUAUUGAAUAAUAUUGAUCAAAAUGGUCAAAAUCAAUAUGAUCUUGAUCUGAAAAUUCAAAUAAAAAAAAGAAAGGUGUACAGUGAUUGGAAGAUUGGAGAUGUUUUGCGAGAAAUUUAUAAUUAUAAAAUCGAUGUUCUCAAAAUGGUACAGGUUGAAUUUGAUAUGAAUAGUCUCCCAAAGUCAUCCCCACCACUUAGUACUGAGGUACAGGACAAAAUUGCUGAACAGCUUGAGGAUAAAAAAAUUGUAUUUAAAAGGGUAUAUGCUAAUGAAGCCACAAUACGAGAAUUUAUUUUGGUUGUUUUAGUCAACACAGUCAAAUUUGUUAACAUACAUAAUGAUCCAACAACUGAAUUAUUGGUGGAGAAACAGCUUGAAGGAAGACAUGGAUAUGGCACUUUGGACUUCAUGGUUAUGAUACAAAAAUUUUUUAUGUUAAUAAUGGAGGCUAACAGUGUUGAAGAGGGUAUUGCCCAAAUUUUAGUGCAAAUAAGGAGUGCAUCUGAGGUGUUAGGAAAAAGAAAAUUAGAUCAAACAGAUUUUGAGUUUGAAAUUGAAAAAAUGCCAUUAAUCGGUAUCGUAACAACUGGAGGGGUCUGGGUUUUCAUCUGCAAUACUGGUCAGAAAAUUGAAAUAGUAUCUGAAAAGUUUGAAUGUAGCUAUACAGGUAAUAUGGAAGGACUUAGACCAAGAUUUAAUAUCAAAGUACCACAAUUAAUUGUGCAUUUAAUUAAAAGAUGUUUAGAAUAUAAGAGUUUUGUUUUUUAUCGCUAUGGUGAUAUAUCGCUAGGCCUCAUGUCACGUGUUUAG